CGGCGUGCGCCAGCCGUGCCGUGCACGCGGGGGAGACGCGCAGUACACGCUCCUGGACUGACGCGCUAGGGACUAGGAAACCGCCAUAACAAACGGGAGCCGGAGGUUGGCGAGAAUAACGAAAUGUGAAGUGGAGACGAAAAGGCCGCGAUCGGAGGGUUAUCAGCGGCCGUCCGAGGAGGAAAAUGGACACAAUCGCUGCACUGUGUGUCGUUUUACCUAUGUUAAUAUGCCACUGUUAUGGAGACGGUCUGACCUAUGUAUCCGGGUUUUACUCCAAAACGCCCCAGAAGCUGUCCAAGUACAGCUGGUACGGCAGCGUCAGGCUUUAUCACUUCAUGGUGCCCGAAGACACCGUGAUCGUCCGCUGGCUCUUAACUGUGAGCAAGGCAGCAGGUUAUAAUUGUGGAAACCAUAACAUUUCAAUACACUUCAGGUCAGGGGCCCCUCCUGUAAUAAAUCCAAUAGAUACUGAGUUCCCCAAUGAAACAGUCUAUUCACCUGCACCCAACCUCACCCUGUCCAUACAAAGUGGGCAGAACACCACUAUCUUCAACGUGACUAAUCCAGCGUCUGGGGACUGGUUUGUGGCUGCACAUCUUCCAGAAGAUGAUGGCAAAAUAGAGCAUAAGGGUUUCUCGUCCACAUGCUCCUACUAUUUUCAGCCUCAGAUGUUCGUGAGGAGGGUGGUCGACAUGCCCAUCCUUGAGUCCAGUUCGCAUCUUCGUCAGACAGUGUCUUCCCCCGAAAGACCCGCUGCUCUUAAGAUUUAUGUACCAGGUUAUACAUCAGACCUCUCCCUGUACAUAUCCAAUUGUACUACAGAUGGCAUCCAGGAUGCCACCUGCCCGCUAAUGCUUACUCUGGGUUCCACUUCUCUGCAACGCUCCUCUGUGAGAUUAGUGAACUGCACCGGCAAGGUGUCCUGCUCCACCACCCUUUCAACACCGCCCUGGGACACGUGGAUCCGCAUCUCCAUAGAGAGUAUUUACAUCAACCUGACCACUACCUUCUCCAUCUCAGCCAAUCUCACAGCUGGCUGUAAACCUAAAAGUCUGGGCAUGAUGGGAGAUUUCCUCACCAAGCUGAGUGUUAACAGCAGUAAUUUACUUGGAGGAAACACCUCAUUGUUGGUGAGGAACAUCAGCUUGCCAGGAAACAACUCAGUCAACCCAGACCCCUUUGGGAGCACCUGUGUGCGCAACCAGCCCAUAUUCAAGGAGGAACUAGAUGUGGCCUCGGUUCGCUUCUCCGUCAUUGGUGGGCCCAAUAUCACCGUCUCCACCCAGGCUCCAACAGUCUUCCUCCUAGACCUUAACUCCUUCACCAACAGUGGCGGCACCCUCAACCUUGAUCUCAGGCUCAAUCAGACAACUUCAAUCAGUGGGAAUGUCCGUGUAAUGGCUUGCCUUACACCUAGGUCGCCUCUGUUGGCACUGAACACCACUGAAUCCUGUGCAACAGCCUUCUCUCAGGGUUAUCUGCUCUAUGUGAAUGUAACGUCACCCAAGGCCCUGCUGAGGAUCCCCUUUCCUGAGGCUGCCGUGUGGUACCUCACGCUCCAAAUGCUCUGCCCUGGAAAUUUUAGCAGCGAGUGUGGCAAUGCCACAAGCAUGGUGAUGGUGUCGGCGUACCUGAGCGCGUGUAUCGAUGACUGCGGGACCUAUGGCGAGUGCAGGCUCCUGCGCUCUUACAGCUACCUCUACGCUUCCUGCGUCUGUAAAGCCGGUUGGCGUGGCUGGGCCUGCACGGACGACAGGACCGCUCAGACGUACGCACACCAGUUGACCGCUGCUCUGCUGCUCACCCUCAGCAACCUGCUGUUUGUUCCCCCCAUAGUAGUGGCGGUGUACCGCUGCUACAUCGUAGAAGCCUCCGUGUAUCUCUUUACCAUGUUCUUCUCCACGUUUUACCAUGCAUGUGACCAGCCAGGCAUGACUGUGCUCUGCAUCAUGGAUUACGACACACUGCAGUACUGUGACUUCCUGGGCUCGGUCUCCUCCAUUUGGGUCACCAUCCUUUGCAUGUCUAGAAUCAAGGAUACAUAUAAAUAUACACUCUUCAUGCUGGGCACUUUGCUCAUUGCCAUGUCGAUGCAGCUGGAUCGCAGGGGUCUGUGGAACAUGCUUGGCCCCAUUCUUUGUGCUCUGCUGGCAAUGGUAUCUGCCUGGAUCUACCGAGGAGUGAAGCGCAGGCAGUGUUACCCAACCACCUGGAAGCGCUGGGUAUUUUAUUUGCUCCCCGGCAUAGCCACUGCGAUCAUCGGCCUGUCCGUAUACAUCUUCACGGAGACGGAUGAGAACUACUACUACACGCACAGCAUCUGGCACGUCAUGGUGGCCAGCAGUGUGGUGUUCCUGCUGCCGCCCCGUGAACGCCACGAAGAGCCGUGGGGCUGGUCGCAGAAGUUCUGCGGCUACCAGAUCUGCAAGAGUGAGAGGGAGGAGCUCUACACGGUCACUUGAUGGGUGCCUUCCACUACCGCGCCCAACACUUUUGGGUCCCUGUAAAUAUCCUAAGGCCUAGUGUCCACCUGGACUGAAAGUUCAAUUUCUUAUGCAUCUAUGCUUUUACAGGAUAUUCUUCAGAAAAUGUUGUGGUUUGAAGUGCAUUUUACACCAAUUAACUAUUACUAGUCUGUUUCUAGUUAGUUAAGAUUCAGAUGUUAUGUUGAACCAGUUAUGUCUCUGGAAUUAUAACUUGUGUUGAAAGUGUUUAAACAUAGAAUGUCUAAACAGAAAAGUCUUAAGAUAUGUAAGAAUUAAGCUAUGUGAGACAAUCUCCAAAAAUAGUUAUACUAUGCAAAGGGACAGUACUUUCUCCAGGGAUGUGCAAUAUGUUUCUGCUAAAAUACAUCACUAAAGGCACUUGUUUCCAUACAUUUAAAAUGUCAUUACACUUGGAAAUGCUGUAAAGUUAUGUCUUAAAAAUGUAUAUUUUUAUGAGAACACAUUGGUCUGAAAGGAUAUUUGCAAGGAAUCUACAUAAAAAAGUGUAGAAUAUCUAUAUUACAAACAUGUCAGGCUUAGAUUAAAAUGAAUUUAAUAUUUCUGCUGAAAUAUUUGUAAUCAAAAUUGAAAAAUGCUUCUCUUAAAGGGAUUGGUUAUAGACUUGAAUAUCUAAAGCACUUUUUUACGUGUUUGGUAAUACUGUAGUCUGUUUAUGCAAAGAAUUCAUACUGUGCUGGAAUACGUUUUUCUCUAUGUUAUUUGUUGACAUGACAGCGGUGAGAUCAUAGUUUUAAAAGAGUUUGAGUUUUUAAAAAUGUGGGUUUUGAUAUUGAUUUGCAGAACAUUGGUGAUAAAGGACAAUUUGCCAAAAUUAUAAUCCUUUCAAGUUAUGAACCACCUUCUACUGCUGAAAUCACAAUUAUUAUAGAGGGUUUAGUGAUAAAUAUUGUAUAUCAGAGAAAUGGCAGUUAAAACAUUCACUUCUGUUUUGUAGCCUUUUUACAUUUUAAAUGGUUGCCAGCCAGACUUUCCAGAGGAUUUACUGAAAAAAUGACAAAUCUGAUUAGUCAUUAGUCUAAGCAGCUUUUUGAAUAUGAAUGGGGAGGACAGAUUCUUAAAUGUGUAAUUCCAUGCAAUUUUGAAAACCUGUACAAGCAAUAACAAGAUAAAGUUCAGGGUGCUUGGGUUGUGUAUCAGAGUGUAUUCUUUUAUCUGGUUAAC